CUAACAGUCUUCAUCGUAUGAAUGUUUCCAACUUUUACAAAUAAUUUUGAUUUCCAACCAUUUAUGUCUCUCUCUUUCUGUGUGGCUGCCACUGCCUUCAAUAAUCUAUUCCAUUCCUCCCUACUUUCAUAUAACAAGAGAAAAUGAAAGAGAGGAAGAAAACCCAGAAAGCUCAUGUCUUGAUCCUCCCCUGCCCUCUACAGGGUCACAUAAAUCCUAUGCUCGAGUUCGCCAAACGCCUCGUUGCUAAGGGCGUUAACACCACCCUAGUAAGCACCGUCUUCACCUCCAAAUCUAUGCACACCGAUCCUACCAGCUCCAUUGCUGUGGAAACCAUUUCUGAUGGCUUCGAUGAAGGCGGCAGAACUCAGGCUGAGAGCGGUAAAGCUUACCUUGAAUCUCUACGAGCAGUGGGAUCUCGGACUUUAUCAGAUCUGAUCAAGAAACUUGGUGAUUCGGAUCGGCCCGUCUAUGCUGUUGUGUAUGAUGGGUUUAUCCCUUGGGUACUGGAUGUUGCAAGGCAGUGUGGGGUACUCGGGGUGGUGUUUUUCACACAGACUUGUGCUGUGAACAGCGUGUAUUACCAUGUAAACAGGGGACUUCUUCAGCUGCCAGUCUCAGGGCCGGCUGUUUCAUUUCCUGGAUUGCCUUUCCUGGAAGUUUCCGACACACCGUCGUUUGUAUCACACUAUGGAUCCUACCCGGAGGUGUUUGACAUGGUCAUGAAUCAAUUCUCCAACUUCAACGAAGUGGACUGGAUGCUUUUUAAUACCUUUUACGAAUUGGAGACUGAGUUGUCAAAACUAUGGAAAGUCGGGACAAUCGGACCAACAAUUCCAUCUAUGUUCUUGGACAAAAGACUUGAAGGUGACAGAGCCUAUGGCAUCAAUCUCUUCAAGCCAAACAUAGCGGAUUGCAUGAAUUGGUUGAAUGGGAAGCCCAAGAACUCAGUUUAUGUUUCAUUUGAUAGCGCCGCAGAAUUGAAAGAGGAACAGAUGGAAGAAUUAGCUUGGGGUUUGAAGGGCAGUAAUUGCUUCUUCUUAUGGGUAGUGAGGGCAUCAGAGGAGACCAAACUACCAAAAACUUUCACGAAGGAGAUAGCAGAGAAGGGCUUCCUAGUGAGGUGGUGCUCACAAUUGGAGGUGUUGGAGCAUGAAGCAAUAGGAUCUUUUGUCACCCACUGCGGCUUUAAUUCUGAUCUUGAAGCUCUAAGUUUGGGAGUUCCAAUGGUGGGAAUACCUCAGUGGACAGACCAACCCACAAAUGCAAAAUAUGCAGAAGAUAUAUGGAGAACUGGAAUUCGCGCUAAGCCGGACGUGCAAGGUGUUGUUAGGAAAGAGGUUAUAGAGCGGUGCAUGAAGGAAUUGAUUGAACGAGAGAAAGGGAAAGAGAUGAAGAAGAAUGCAAGCAAGUGGAAGAAAUUCGCUAGAGAGGCAAUGGAUGAGGAUGGAAGUUCAGAUAAGAACAUUGAUAAAUUUGCUGACGAAAAUGGCCAAGCUACCGGCCAAGCUUGUGGAGGAUUCAAUGGAGAAGGGCUUGCAGGUGGGUUAGUGCCUACAAAAUGGAGUGACAAUGCCUCAGUGAUUGGACGGACCCACCAGAAAGGUACGCAGGAGAUGUUUGGAGAACAGAAUCCAAGCACGAGCUAGCUAGUAGGUAUUAUUAGGAGAGAAGUUUUAGAGCUGUGCAUAAAGGAAACGACAGGACAGAAGGGAGAAGGGAUUAAGAAGAAUGCAAGUGGAGGAGUAUGGCCAGAGAGACGAUUGAUAAAGGUAGGAAGUGCAGAGAGGAACAUUGAUGAAUUUGUACUAAACUAAUCAGCAAUAAAAGACUGAGGUUUUU